AAUUUAUUUCAACACUGGAUGAUAAUACAGAUAUUUAUCUCGUGUAAUAUGGUAUGAUAUGUGGCUCUUUCCGAACACACAAAUGAAAGAAUCGUUAUGCGGAUAUAUGAUAUCUGCAUAAAUGCAUGUAUAUGUGAAUAUAGCUGGUUCAAAAUGGAUUAGUGAAUAUUUUAAAUAGAAAGUCAAUGUAUCUAACCAAUUACUCUCCUAAUGUUUCACAUCAGAAUAGUGCUAGUUGAUGAAAGUUACUUCGGGAUCAAGAAAGGUAAAGUCAAAUUUAUUUGGGUUAUUCGCUCAAUUCCAAUCGAAUGCACUGGAUCUAGUAUAGUAUGAAUUGGCGAUCAGAACAUAUAUGGAUAGAACUUAUAACGGGGUCUCGAAAAACGAGUAAUUUUUGCUGGGCCUGUAUCCUUUUUUUAGGUUCACUAGGAUUCUUAGUGGUUGGAACUUCCAGUUAUCUUGGUAGGAAUUUGAUACCCGUAUUUACAUCUCAGCAAAUCAUUUUUUUUCCACAAGGGAUCGUGAUGUCUUUCUACGGGAUCGCGGGUCUAUUCAUUAGCUCGUAUUUGUGGUGCACAAUUUCGUGGAAUGUAGGUAGCGGUUAUGACCGAUUCGAUAGAAAAGAAGGAAUAGUGUGUAUUUUUCGCUGGGGAUUUCCUGGAAUAAAUCGUCGCAUCUUCCUUCGCUUCUUUAUGAGAGAUAUCCAAUCAAUCAGAAUAGAGGUUAAAGAGGGUCUUUAUACUCGUCGUGUCCUUUAUAUGGAAAUCAGAGGCCAAGGAGCCAUUCCCUUGACUCGUACUGAUGAGAAUUUUACUCCACGAGAAAUUGAACAAAAAGCUGCCGAAUUGGCCUAUUUCUUGCGCGUACCAAUUGAAGUAUUUUGAAACGAACUGAAGUGAAGAAUAAAAUGAAGAAUAAAUAUUUUCUCAAGAUGGGGGAAGGAACUUGCUAAUUCCUCUUUUAAUACAACUGAAGUUUCUUCAUUCUUUUAUACUAGAAAAAGGUCUAAUCUAACUAACGAAUCUAAUCUAAUAAGUAUAGAUAUAAAUUCAUCAAACCUAUCCGAACAUGUAUUUCGUAAUACAGAAUUCAUCUUUUUAGGCCCAAGAUUUGGAAUUGAUACCCUUUUCUGGUUAGACGGUGAAACAUUUCGAAAGAAUUAAUUGAUCCAGGGGGAGUUUUUUCGUCUCGAAACUCGAUUCGUUACUUCAAGUGGGUUUUCGAGUAUUCAUCGAAAGGAACAAAUGAAAAUAAAAUUGGUUCAAAUUUGCCCAAUUGAGAUAUCUGGAAUAAUAUUUAUUUCUUUUUUUCUCAUUUUCAUCCGAAAAGAACUCUUAUUCUAUGUCUAUAUUCCUUCUAAAUCAAAAAAAAAAUAAAAUUAUUACACAAUAAUAGGAAAGGAAUAGACCCAUAGGUCAAUACCUUGUUAUACAACUCGUGCUUCAAAGAAAUAUCAGAUCAGAUAGAGUCAACGAAUGAAGCAGGUUCAUUAACAAUUCAAUUCACAGAAAAAAAAAAAUGAAAAAAAAGAAAGCAUCGGCCUCCCUCCCAUAUCUCGCAUCUAUAGUAUUUUUGCCCUGGUGGGUCUCUUUCUCAUUUAAUAAAUGUCUGGAACCUUGGGUUACUAAUUGGUGGAAUACCAGGCAAUCCGAAAAUUUUUUGAAUCAUAUUCAAGAGAAAAACGUUCUGGAAAGAUUCAUAGAAUUAGAAGAACUAUUCCUAUUGGACGAAAUGAUAAAGGAGUACCCGGAAACGCAUAUACAAAAACUUCAUAUAGAAAUACACAAGGAAACAAUACAAUUAGUCAAAGCACACAAUGAAUAUGAUCUCCAUAUCAUUUUGCAUUUCUCGACAAAUAUAAUCUGUUUCGCUAUUCUAAGUGGUUAUUUUAUUCUGAGUAAUGAAGAACUCGUCAUUCUUAAUUCUUGGGUUCAGGAAUUCCUCUAUAACUUAAGUGACACAAUAAAAGCUUUUUCUAUUCUUUUAGUUACUGAUUUAUGGAUCGGAUUUCACUCGACCCAUGGUUGGGAACUAAUGAUUGGUUCGGUCUACAACGAUUUUGGAUUGGAUCAUAACGAUCAAAUUAUAUCUGGUCUUGUUUCCACUUUUCCAGUUAUUCUAGAUACAAUUGUGAAAUAUUGGAUCUUCCUUUUUUUAAAUCGUGUAUCUCCUUCGCUUGUAGUAAUUUAUCAUUCAAUGAAUGAAUAAAGAACUCAUUUGAUCUUAUUAUAUCAAUCAAAUCAGAAUCUUUCUUCGUGUAUAAAGAAAGUAUUUUCAAUUUGACUUAAUUCUUUAUACUUUUAUCUGUUCAAGGUAUUCGUCCUAUAUUCCAGUACAAUUAUUCCAGUACAAUGACAGACUCGUGUAUAGGGAACUAUACUAGCUACCUAUCUAAUUUAUUGUAGAAAUUCGGGGAUCAAUGAUUGGACAUGCAAAAUAAAAAUACUUUUUCUUGGGUAAAGGAAGAGAUGACUCGAUCCAUUUCUGUAUCGAUCAUGAUAUAUGUAAUAACUCGGGCAUCUAUUUCAAAUGCAUAUCCCAUUUUUGCGCAGCAGGGUUAUGAAAACCCGCGAGAAGCAACGGGACGAAUUGUAUGUGCCAAUUGCCAUUUAGCUAAUAAACCCGUGGAUAUUGAAGUUCCGCAAGCUGUGCUUCCUGAUACUGUAUUUGAAGCAGUUGUUCGAAUCCCUUAUGAUAAGCAACUGAAACAAGUUCUUGCUAAUGGUAAAAAGGGGACUUUGAAUGUGGGGGCUGUUCUCAUUUUACCCGACGGAUUCGAAUUAGCCCCCCUUGAUCGUAUUUCUCCUGAGUUGAAAGAAAAGAUAGGAAAUCUGUCUUUUCAGAGUUAUCGUCCCAACAAAAGAAAUAUUAUUGUGAUAGGUCCUGUUCCCGGUCAGAAAUAUAGUGAAAUCGUCUUUCCCAUUCUUUCCCCCGACCCUGCUACGAAGAAAGACGUUCACUUCUUAAAAUAUCCCAUAUACGUAGGUGGGAACAGAGGAAGGGGUCAGAUUUAUCCUGAUGGUAGCAAAAGUAACAAUACAGUCUAUAAUGCUACAUCAGCAGGGUUGGCUUGCUUUGGCUUUGGCGCAUUUCAUGUAACAGGUUUGUAUGGUCCUGGAAUAUGGGUGUCCGAUCCUUAUGGACUAACUGGAAAAGUACAACCCGUAAGUCCAGCGUGGGGCGCAGAAGGCUUUGAUCCUUUUGUUCCCGGAGGAAUAGCCUCUCAUCAUAUUGCAGCGGCUUUCGUUGUUGCUGGAACUAUGUGGUAUGGUUCAGCAACUACCCCAAUCGAAUUAUUUGGUCCCACUCGUUAUCAGUGGGAUCAGGGAUACUUUCAGCAAGAAAUAUAUCGAAGAGUUAGCGCCGGACUAGCCCAAAAUCUGAGUUUAUCGGAAGCUUGGUCUAAAAUUCCCGAAAAAUUAGCUUUUUAUGAUUACAUUGGUAAUAAUCCAGCAAAAGGGGGAUUAUUCAGAGCAGGGUCAAUGGACAACGGGGAUGGAAUAGCUGUUGGGUGGUUAGGACACCCCGUCUUUAGAGAUAAAGAAGGGCGCGAGCUUUUUGUACGUCGUAUGCCUACCUUUUUUGAAACAUUUCCGGUAGUUUUGGUAGAUGGAGACGGAAUUGUUAGAGCCGAUGUUCCUUUUAGAAGGGCAGAAUCAAAGUAUAGUGUUGAACAAGUAGGUGUAACUGUUGAGUUCUAUGGUGGCGAACUCAAUGGAGUCAGUUAUAGUGAUCCUGCGACUGUAAAAAAAUAUGCUAGACGUGCCCAAUUAGGUGAAAUUUUUGAAUUAGAUCGGGCUACUUUGAAAUCUGAUGGCGUUUUUCGUAGCAGUCCAAGGGGUUGGUUCACUUUUGGCCAUGCUACGUUUGCUUUGCUCUUCUUUUUCGGACACAUUUGGCAUGGCGCUAGAACCUUGUUCAGAGAUGUUUUUGCUGGCAUUGAUCCAGAUUUGGAUGCUCAAGUGGAAUUUGGAGCAUUCCAAAAACUUGGGGAUCCAACUACAAAGAGACAAGUAGUCUGAUACAACAUUGCUCUGGUAUCUUUCGCCUCUUUUUUUGAUUUGACAUAGGGUUAGGGUACUGAAGAAAUCUUGACUUGAAUCACCAUCUUUUCUUUGACUCUUUCCUUUUCUUUAUAUGGUAAAUGAUGCCAAAUGAAUAGGUGU